AUGAAGGACCGAUAUGAGAGUUUACAGAAUCAAGAUUCCACUGAGGGUCUGUUAGAGGAGUCCAGUUGGAGGUCUCAACCAAUAUCACAAAAGAAGGAAUGGAGCUUUCGCACGAAGGUCAUCACAGCUCUUAACGCUGUCUUUUUCGUCACAUCAUGUGGGGUGUUAUUUAUCGCUUGGAGGUGGCUGAAUGAUCCGAUCCAUUUGAUGAAGCGCAUUUCGCCUUAUAGUCCUAUUCUUGAUGAUGUGCCAAUCAAACUUGAGACUGUCGAAGUCAAAGGCACACUUUUCAAUGACUACAACCCGCCACGCAUCUGGCGUCAACCUCCAAGCGAAGAAGUUGACAAAGCAUGGGAUGAUAUUGCACGUAUUGAGUACUUUGGCGUUAGUGGGGACGCUCUGAGAAAGAUGGGCAAAGACCCCAAGAUCUCCGUGGCCAUCCCAGAGGACUGGGGUGUUGGUCCCGACAAGUAUCUUGUCGAGAUUGACAUGCAACACCAGCUCCACUGCCUCAAUGCACUGAGAAAAUACGCAUAUUGGGAUUACUGUAGGUUUCACUCUGGCUGGCCCAACUCAAUGGCCCCCGAAAGACAUCAAGCCCACUUGGCUCAUUGUAUCGAUAUUCUACUACAAUCUCUAACUUGCUCGCCAUCUCUGGAUUUGAUUUCUCACAACUGGAUGAAAACUCAAGAGAAUCCAUACCCAGAUUUUAAUAUCAAAAGGCAAUGCGUAGCUCAUGAUCCCAUUUUAGAAUGGCAGCACAAAAAUGGCAUUUCUGAGCAAAUUCUCAAGUUCAAGAAUCUUCCUAGGCCAGAAAAUUUUCCUGAAGUUGAGCCGGAGCCGUCAAUUUUGUUGAUUGGGCAGGACUUGGGUCAUCAUGAAUAG